GCAGAGUUGCUGCCGAGGGGAGGUGGCUCGGCAGAGCCAUUCUGGCUCAAGUCCAUGUUGCUCAAGCGGGCUCCCCGCACCCCUGCUUCAAUGGAUGCGGUCAGGCAGGCGGCGCGGGCUGCGGGUCUGGGCGAGCUGGUGGACCAAGCUGAAAAGGCAGCCGGGUGCUGCAGCACUUGCCAGGGGUGCGGAGGUUGCGUCGAUUCCUCAUUCUUCGCCACGGUGGCAGACGUCACGGACAACUUCUCCGAGUGCGGCGAGUGCAUCGGGAGGGUAGCUGGGUGCUUUGCGUCGCCGCUGGCGUUUCCGCUCGUUUACCUUUGCCCUGCCGAGGGGCAAGCCGGCGGCGCGCUGUGGGCGGUCUCGAUGGAGGAUGCACCGUUGAAGCAGCCGCUGGUCUGCUGUUUCUCCGCGUGCCUUCCCUGCUUGGUGCAGUUCUGGGUGCGGCGGCGCGUACUGGACGAUGACAUGUCGCGAUACAUCUGCUUCCAGGGGCGCCGGGACGGGCCCUAUUGCUUGGCGAAUUGUAGCCCCGGCUUGCCAUUCACGUUUACGGCAGGAACUUACGGCGAGAAGGAGUACCCCAUGUUGUGCCUGUGUGCGGAGGCAACCCUGUGCACGAUGUGUGCGUUCCAAGUUUCUCGGGAGGUUCAGCGCGAAGAUCGCGGCCUGGGUCUAGAUCCCACAGAGAUUCGGGUUGCCGAGUGCUUGGCGUUCUUCGGCUCGAUUUCGCAGUGCCUCUGUUGCGCCGGCUGCUGCAUCAAGUGCAGUGGCUGCCUGGUGGGCUGCUGUCUUGGACAGACGGAGGGCGCGCAGGAGUUCGACGACAGCGCGCAGCGCCUCGGCAACUCGUGCCACAACGUCGCAAACAGCAUCCACCGUGGCAUGCACUGCGUCAUCACCAUCGCGGUAGGCUGCAUGUCGGCGCAGAUGGUGCAUGAGUCCUACCUGCCCGUCUCCAGAGCCUGCCCCGGAGCCCGCGCAGUCGGCGCGCCGCAGCAGGAGCGGAUGAGCCACGGCGGCGCGGCGGGGGACGCCGGCGCCGCCCACCUGGUGAGCGGCCACUGCCGCGCCGGUGGCGGCCAGGCAGUCGGCGCGCCCGAGCCGGAGCGGAUGAGCCACGGCGGCGCGGCGGGGGACGCCGGCGCCGCCCACCCGGUGAGCGGUCACUGCCGCGCCGGUGGCGGCCAGGCAGUCGGCGCGCCCGAGCCGGAGCGGAUGAGCCACGGCGGCGCGGCGGGGGACGGGAGCGCCGCCCACCCGGUGAGCGGUCACUGCCGCGCCGGCGCCGGCGCCGAGCGCCCCGGCGACGCAGACACGUGGUCCGUGCAGAGCGACGACCUGCCCGGGCCGCCCGUCCGCCCUGUGCUGUCCUACGACCCGUCGCGCCCCCGCGGGGUCGGGAGGCCCGUGCUGUGACGCUGGCCUCUCAGAGGGGAGCCCCUCGGGCUGUGAUGGGUGCGAUCGCCUCCGGGUGCGGCAUCUAACAUUUUUCCCCACCCAUCUCAAGCGUCCAGUUGUGAGAGCUGCCGCGCUGGGCGAUGGGGCGCGCUCUUUGCGCCUGGACACCUCUGCGGCCGGCCAGUGUUCGUGUUUCGCUCCGGCAGCGGGCUGUGGUUUGCAGCCAGUGGCGGCCCAAACUCCGCCCUCCUCUGUUCUCUCCUUCCCAUUGCUUGCUCCACCUCCCUUCCUCCUCC